AUGGGUUCAAUUGCGAAUUCUUCGCCCAAGGGUGGCUUCGGGCUUGUUUUGCAGAAUCCUUACCUUUGUGGUGUUGCUACCUUUUCUACUCUCGGAGGACUGCUCUUCGGAUAUGACCAGGGCGUUAUAAGUGGUGUAAUCACCAUGGAAUCCUUCGGGGCCCGCUUCCCACAUGUCUUCAUGGAUAGCGGGACGAAAGGCUGGUUUGUGUCGACUCUAUUGCUUGCUGCGUGGUUUGGAUCUUUGGCCAACGGUCCUAUUGCUGACCGGAUUGGACGGAAAUUUUCGAUCAACCUCGCAGUGGUUAUAUUCAUUAUUGGAUCAGCAAUCCAGUGCUCUGCUAUGGAUAUCCCCAUGUUGUUUGUUGGAAGAGCAAUUGCUGGUCUGGGCAUUGGCAUGCUGACCAUGGUUGUGCCGCUCUACAUCUCAGAGGUUUCCAUUCCUGAGAUUCGCGGAGGCCUGGUUGUGGUCCAGCAACUCUCCAUCACCAUCGGCAUCCUAGUCAGCUACUGGAUCGACUACGGAACAAAUUAUAUAGGCGGCUCCCGCUGCGCCCCCAACGUCCCCUACACCGGUGGGACACCCUCGGCACGCACAUUCAAUGCCUACCACGAUGUCCCACCGGGCGGCUGCACCGGCCAAUCUGACGCCUCCUGGCGUCUUCCCUUGGCUAUCCAAAUUGUCCCAGCCAUCAUUUUGGGAGUUGGCAUGCUGUUUUUCCCAGAUACGCCUCGUUGGCUCCUGAUGAAGGAGCGCGAUGAUGACUCGUUGGGUGCGCUCUCGAAGCUUCGGCGGCAGUCUCGCGAUAGCCCACUGGUUCUGAACGAAUAUCUGGAGAUUAAGGCGUCUAUCAUGCUGGAGAAUACUUUUGCUAAAGAGCAUUUCCCUAAUCUGUCUGGCUUCAGGCUACAUCUCGCGCAGUACGUGACCUUCUUAACGACAUGGUCGCGUUUCAAGAGGCUGGCUAUCGGCUGCUGCGUGAUGUUCUUCCAGCAGUUCAUGGGUUGCAAUGCUAUGAUUUACUACGCCCCUACAAUCUUCGGCCAACUGGGCCUGGACGGCAACACUACAUCUCUCCUGGCAACGGGUGUAUACGGCAUCGUCAACUGCCUCAGCACCCUCCCAGCUCUCUUUUGGAUCGACAAAGUUGGCCGCCGACCUUUACUCAUGGCCGGCGCCACGGGCACUUGCAUCUCUCUGGUGAUCGUUGGUGGUAUUCUUGGUGGAUAUGGCUCGCAUUUGAUGGACCAUAAGUCAGCUGGAUGGGCGGGUAUUGCCUUUAUCUACAUCUACGAUAUCAAUUUCUCGUAUUCGUUCGCUCCUAUCGGUUGGGUUCUCCCAUCGGAGAUCUUCAAUCUCUCCAUUCGGUCCAAGGCUAUCUCAAUUACCACCUCAGCUACGUGGAUGUGUAACUUCAUCAUCGGUCUCGUCACACCAGAUAUGCUGGACUCCAUCACAUGGGGCACCUACAUCUUCUUCGCGGCCUUUUGCCUGCUCGCGCUGGCAUUUACAUUCUUCUGCAUCCCAGAGACGAGAGGAAAGACCCUCGAAGAUAUGGAUCUCAUCUUCGGAGAUACAGCUGCCCACGAGGAGAAGAAACGCAUCAAGCAUAUCGAGGCUGAGUUGCGUGGGGCACCUAUCGAAGAUGAUGAUUUGAAGGAGCCAUUGGAUCAGCAUAGGGAGACUGUUUGA